CGCUGUCACCACCGCCGUCCAUUCGGCCGGCCGGAGUGAGCAUUACCUGAGGGAGCAGGACAAGAUGAAGCUCAUCAUCCUGGACCACUAUUCUCAGGCCAGCGAGUGGGCGGCCAAAUACAUCAGGAACCGCAUCAUCCAGUUUAACCCGGGGCCAGACAAGUACUUCACGCUGGGGCUCCCCACUGGGAGCACCCCACUUGGCUGCUAUAAGAAGCUCAUCGAGUACUACAAGAAUGGCGAUCUGUCCUUUAAGUAUGUGAAGACCUUCAACAUGGACGAGUACGUCGGGCUGCCUCGCGACCACCCAGAGAGUUACCACUCCUUCAUGUGGAACAACUUCUUCAAGCACAUUGACAUUCACCCCGAGAACACCCACAUUCUGGACGGUAACGCUGCUGACCUGCAGGCCGAGUGCGACGCCUUUGAGGAGAAGAUUAAGGCAGCGGGUGGGAUUGAGCUCUUCGUUGGAGGCAUCGGCCCUGACGGACACAUCGCCUUCAACGAGCCGGGCUCCAGUCUGGUGUCCAGGACCCGGGUGAAGACGUUGGCCAUGGACACUAUCCUGGCCAAUGCCAGGUUCUUCGACGGAGACCUGGCCAAGGUGCCCACCAUGGCCCUGACGGUGGGUGUGGGUACCGUCAUGGAUGCAAGAGAGGUGAUGAUCCUCAUCACAGGCGCGCACAAGGCCUUUGCGCUGUACAAGGCCAUUGAGGAGGGCGUGAACCACAUGUGGACGGUGUCUGCCUUCCAGCAGCACCCGCGCACCGUGUUUGUGUGUGAUGAGGAUGCCACCCUGGAGCUGAAGGUGAAGACUGUCAAGUACUUCAAAGGUUUAAUGCUUGUUCAUAACAAGUUGGUGGACCCCUUGUACAGCAUCAAGGAGAAAGAAACUGAGAAAAGCCAGUCUUCUAAGAAGCCAUACAGCGAUUAGUGCGUUGGGGGGAGCUGCUACCGAGUACCUCCUAGGGACAGGGCUUUCUGGAGACUGUCUUUAGGAGAACAUAGUUGUCUCUUUAAUCCAGUCUGGUUACUCAGAUCUAAGUGGGGAGGUGAUCUCGGCUUGGGGCUAGCAGCCUGGCCGUGCAGUCCAGCCACAGGGAGAAUGGAACUUAUCUAGGAAAGAAAAACCUCAGAUAGCACUGCUGGCACUCUGCCCGCCCCUGCCAGGUCAGGGGCACUCCUUCGGUUCUGUCUCAGCCGCUGUUCACACGGGCAGCACUCGCCCCGGCUCUCCAGCGGGAGGCCACUGUGGGCUGCUCAGCACCAACACUCCCCCUGGGUAGAGUCCUGGGUGCUCCUCCCUAGACGCCUGCUCCUUAUUUGAGAACCAUGGUCCCAGAUUCAGGAGCCAGCUCUCACAGCACCUAGAGGUGAGUGAGGAAGCGGUGGCCCCGGUCAGACCCGUCUUUUCUCCAGUGUUCUGUCUGCUCUCACAGCUGGCUUUCCCUGCCCCAGGCGGGCUCCCCCAGGGGACGGUUCAGGCAGGAGGGGCUGAGGAGGUAGCUUUUGCUGUAAACCCAAAACCCCCAGGGGCCCAGCCACGUCAGACUCUGCUCCCUCGGGGCCCCAAGGGGAAAGUGGAAACCAGCUUCCCUCCAGAGGCCUCGCUCUGGUUUCUGCCAUUUACAUAGUCAGUAGUCCGGACACAGUCCACUGGGCCAGCAGACUCGGCCCCGAGUUCAGGGGCGCGUGGAGCCGAGGCAACAGGCUGGCAGGCGACUCCAGUGCUACACUCUUGCUUCCCGAGGAGUUGAGUGCCAUGACCAGCCCUAAAUGCUUCUGGCACUGUUUCCCAGUCGAAAAUCCACUGCUCUUCUCACCGUCCCGGGUGCACGCUGUGGUCCAAGGCUGAGAACUGGGCAAGCAGAGGCCCUGGGCCCACGGCCUCCUCCUCGGCCUGCCUCUCGCCCCCCGCAGCCUUCGUGGAGUGGCUGCUGCCCCCUGCUCCCUGUUGCUGUUCCUCUUCCUGGGAGAGCUCCACGGCCGGGCUCGGCCUCAGCCUCACAGUGCUGUGUCUGGUACCAGCGUUUCAUCUGUAGUUUUUAUACUCAAUUGUGCUGUUAUUCUGUUUUAAGCUACCAAUCAAUGGACUUGUUUGCACUGUGAUAUUUUUCUAUUAAAUU